AUGCCGUCUCCUGCGGCGGCCGACGAUGGCCAACAUGGUCCGCCCAUUCCGACCUAUGACGAAGCCGUCUCUGCCCACGGCAACGGCGGCAUCCUUCCUUCGCCUUCCAACUUCGAUCCACUGUCCCCCAUGGGCGAGGCCUUUUACGCCCCCGAAAGCGAGAGCCGCUCUCUCCUGAGACGAUCCCACCAGCGCAACGGCUCCACUGCCACCAACGGCAGCAGCCGUCGACGACCACGAAACGGACAUACCAGCAGUGGUGGCUACCGGCCACCCACCGUCGAGACUGACGACGAAAACAGCACGUGGAGCUCGAGCGACGAGGACCAUGGCGGCGGCGACGACAGUGACGAUGCCGACGAUGUCGACGCCGAGGCCGCGCACGUCCGCCGCGAGAUGCUGGAGCUCGACAUGGACGACCCGCUGGCCGCCAAUGGCAGUGGGAGCAGCGGCAGCCGACGGCGCGGCGGGUUCUCGCUAUCGCUACCCAAAUGGGGUUGGAAGUGGCGCCUGUCGAUGCCGAGAAUACGGAUACAGCUGCCCAACGGGCCGUCCGAUGUGGACGAGAACAGCCGAGGCGGCGUCGGCGGUGUCGGUGGUAUUGCCAGCCGGUUCGGACGGCUGGCAGGCUUUACGCGGCUCAGCGGGACCGACACCGACGAAGAAACGGCCGGUGGUCAGGCGGGCGAAGCUGGCGGUGGCGGUGGCACUGAGUGGAUGCAGAAGAUCAACGUCGCCGUAGCCAUUGUGGUCUUUGCGCGCCUGCUGGCCGUGUUCCUCAUCCUGGGCUUCGUCUACCUCCUCUUUAUGAGCGACCUCUUCACCUCCAUCUCCCGCCGCCUCGGCAGCCAGGUCUUUGACCCUGAAAGCAUUCGCAUGCACAUCCAAAUGACCGUCAACCCGGGCAACAUGCGCGACAUGGCCAAGCAUUUCACGAGCUACGCCCACAUGGCCGGCACCGAGGGCGACUUUGCUCUCGCCAUUGACGUCAAAAACUUGUUCCAAAAACACGGGCUCGAAGACGUCACCGUCGACGAGUACUACGUCUACCUCAACUACCCGCGCAAAGAUGGCCGUGCCGUCGAGCUACUGGACGGAAAGGGCAAGGCCACCUGGUCGGCCAAGCUCGAGGAGGAAGAGGCGGGCGACGUGCACGGGCCCCUCGUCUACGCCAACUACGGUUCGCGAGACGAUUUCCAAAAGCUCAAGGACAUGGGCAUCAACACCAAGGGCGCCAUUGCGCUCGUGCGCUACUACGGCACGCAGAGCGACCGCGCCCUCAAGGUCAAGGCCGCCGAACUUGCCGGGUUUGCGGGCUGCCUAAUCUACAGCGAUCCAGCCGACGACGGCUUCAAGCACGGCGAUGUUGCGCCCAAGGGCCGCUAUAUGCCCGCGGACGGCGUGCAGCGCGGGUCCGUCUCACUCAUGAGCUACGUCAUUGGCGACGUCCUGACGCCCGGCUGGGAGAGCAAGAAGGGCCUGCCGCGCAUGUCCCCGGACAAGUCGCCAGGCCUUGUUAAGAUCCCUAGUCUGCCGCUUGCCUGGCGCGACGCGCAGGUUCUGUUGCAGCAUCUCAAGGGCCGCGGCCAGCGCGUGCCCUCCAAAGACUGGGAGGGCGGCGUGCCCGACAUCGACGAGUGGUGGACGGGCAACGGCGGCGACGACAGCCUGGACAAUGGCGGCGUGGCCUCGCCCAUGGUGCGCCUCAAGAACGAGCAGGACGAGGAGACCGAGCAGCCCAUCUGGAACGUCUACGGCCGUAUCCUCGGCAUCGAGCAGAGCGCCAAGAAGAUCAUCAUUGGCAACCACCGCGAUUCCUGGACGUUUGGCGCCACCGACCCGCACUCGGGCACCGCCGUCAUGCUCGAGCUGGUGCGCAUCUUUGGCGAUCUACUAGAGCGCGGCUGGCGGCCCCUGCGCACCAUCGAGUUCAUGUCCUGGGACGCCGAGGAGUACAACCUGAUCGGCUCCACCGAGUACGUCGAGCGCAAUCUGGACCUGCUGCGCCGCGACGGUCUGGCCUACAUCAAUUUGGACACGGCCGUCACGGGCGGCGAAUUCCACGCCGCCGGCUCGCCCGUCUUCUCCAAACUGCUCAGCCAAGUCAUGAAGCGCGUCAGCGACCCGCACGUCAACGCCACGCUGCAUGAUCUCUGGGACCAGAACGGCAGCAGCCUCGAAGUCCUGGGCGCCGGCUCCGACUACGUCGCCUUCCAAGACCUGGCUGGCAUGUCCUCCCUCGACCUGCACUUUGACGGCCCCGGCUACCCGGCCCACAGCAGCUACGACAAUUUCGCCUGGAUGGACCACGUCGGCGACCCGGGCUUUGUCUACCAUGGCCUCCUUGCCCAGCUGGCCGGUCUCAUGCUCAUCGAGCUGUGCGACCGCCCCAUUAUGCCGUUUGACAUGGUCACCUAUGGCACCGCCCUUGAACGGUGGGUCAAGGAGCUCGUCACGUGGCUCGAUUCGGAGGUCAGCAAGGCCAACAAGGCAGCCGGCGCCGACAAGUCGAAGCAGGCCAAAAUCAGCACAGAGCCGCUGCAGUUUGCCGCGCAGGUCGUCGUCAACGCCAUGCGCGACUUUGAGCGCUGGGAUCUCAAGUGGGAGAGCAAUGUGCUUGCCGCCGGUGGCUGGGAGGCACCCGGGCUGGGCCAGCAGCGCGCCGAGUACGUCAGCCGCAUGGCGCGCUUUGAAACCGAUCUCCUCGACCUCGAAAACGGCGGUGGUAUUCCGAACCGCACACAGUUCAAGCAUGUCGUGUUUGGCCCACGCCUGUGGUCCAGCUACGACGGCGACCUCUUCCCGGCCGUGCGCGAUCUCGUCGAGGCCGGCGAGUGGGACCAGGCCAACAAGACAAUUGCCAAGAUCGCACAAAUCUUCCAGACGGCCGCGGCGCACCUGAUUGAGUAA